CGGCCGGCGUCUCUCUCUCUCGCGAGAGGGAGGGACGCGGCUAGCUAGCCGGAGACGCGCAGGCCGGCCACGCGCGCGCGCUGAUCGCGCGCAGGCGAGGUGACGACGAGAAAGAGGGGUUAGCCGGUUAGCUAUAUCUGCUGUCCUAGCCAACAACGCGGGCGCGGUCGCUGUUGGUGGCGGGUGGAGGUGGUGGCGGUUACAGUGGGGGAAAGGGGGACGCGGGCGGGCGGCCAAUCGGGAAAGGGCAGAGGAGGAUCCAGGGAUCCCAGGAUUUCUGCGCGCCCUAAACUUUGCCCGCAAUCCAUCCGCGCUUUCCGCGCACACCCUCCGCCCCACCGGUCCGCGUCAAGCCCCCCGGCCCCCGGCGUGUCGUCCCUCUCCUCUCCAUCUCUCAUUCCCCUUCCCCCAUCCGCGCCCCCGGGCGGUGAAAGUGAUCGGGCGUGCUGGCUUUGCUGCUGGCCUGACCUAGACAGCUCGUGCUGGUAUAUAAAGUGAAGGCGGGCUACAGACUGGUGGCCGUGCGCGCGGCUGACGAUCCAUCUCAGCCGGGGCCGAAGGUUACAAGAAGUUCGCGGCAAGGUGGCUGCUGGUCUAGCUGGUGAAGUAGCAUCGGAGGAGUUGUGAGUUUGGGACUGUGCUGUGCUGCUCUGUUGAUUUCCUCGGAGGACUCUCUGGGCCGGCGAACAAGAUUUGGUGCACAAAGCUUUGGCGAGGCUUCACCUCUUCCUGCGGCACACUUUACUGGGGUUCAGCGGAAUAGGAUGGACACUGCUUUCUCCCAUGUCCCCCCUGGAUUCCGUUUCCACCCCACCGACGAGGAACUCGUCGACUACUACCUGAGGAAGAAGGUGGCGUCGAACAAGAUCGAUCUGGACGUGAUAAAAGACGUCGAUCUGUACAAAAUUGAGCCCUGGGACCUCCAAGAGAAGUGCAAGAUCGGGAUGGAGGAGCAGAACGAGUGGUACUUCUUCAGCCACAAGGACAAGAAGUACCCGACGGGCACCCGCACCAACCGGGCGACCACCGCCGGCUUCUGGAAGGCCACGGGGCGGGACAAGCCCAUCUACACCAAGAACUGCCUCGUCGGUAUGAGGAAGACCCUCGUCUUCUACCGCGGCCGCGCGCCCAACGGCCAGAAGUCCGACUGGAUAAUGCACGAGUACCGCCUCGAGACCACCGAGAACGGCACCGCCCCUGAGGAAGGAUGGGUGGUCUGCCGGGUGUUCAAGAAGCGGGUGGCGACCGUGCGGAGGAUGGCCGACGGCGCGCCGUGCUGGUUCGACGACCACGUCGCCGGGUUCAUGCCGCCGGACAUCGGCUCGCCGAGGCAGCUGAUGAUGCAUCACCACCACCACCCGACCGCGGCGGCGUACGGCGGGCAGCAGCUCUACCACUGCAAGCCGGAGCUGGAGUAUCACCACCUCCUGCCCAGCCAGGAGGCAUUCUUGCAGCAGCUGCCUCAGCUGGAGAGCCCCAAACCUCCCGGCGCCUACAUCGCCCAAGGAAGCUGCAGCCUCCAGUCCUCCGACGAGGCUUCCAAGUACGCCGCCGCGCUUCAAGCACCGAUGGAGCCCGCCUCCUACAUGGCCGCCACCGGCGACGACGACUCGGUCACUGACUGGAGGGUGCUCGACAAGUUCGUCGCGUCCCAGCUGUUCAGCCACGGCGACGGCGCUCCGAAAGAGGCCGGUUACUCCAAUCCGGCGCAGGUGUUCCACGCUGAGCACAAGCAGCCACAAGAGGCACUGGACUACGCCUCCACGUCUGCCAGUGGCGGCGGCGGCGAGGCUGACCUGUGGAAAUAGCUGCCACAGAACGUACACGAAUGAAUCCAUUGGAUGCCGUAUACAAUUCAUUAUACCUCCCAAAAUCUGAUCUAGUGUACAAAUAUAUAGCAGGCAAUACAUGUCAUGGCACGUGAGGACAUACACAUGCAUAAUAAACAUGUAACCGAAGUGGUUAUAUAUAUUGUUUGA